UGGGAUACAUAACACAGGUUGUGCUAUUGUCAAUCUUCUCACUAUUUAUAGGUCUGCAGCCAAGGAAGGAUGAGGGUUUUUUUUUUAAUUUACUAGUAUUUAUCUCAUAGCAUGAGGCUGAAUUGGAGUAGUCCUGUGAUUAAGGAGGAUCUGUCAGCAGAGCUAUCACUGUGCCCACACUGAAUCACACCACCACAGUUGCGUAAUUGUGUACCAAAUCACAGCAAACCCAGACUGAGUUCCCUUGGACAAGAUUCCUCAUGUGGGAAGUCUUAGUACAUCUAUUUGGAGAGCCUUUUAUUGUGAAAAAUCUCGGGAUUCCCUUCGUCGAAUACACAGCAGGGUGGUGGCUGGCUGGGGGUUCAGGGAAGCACAGGUGUCACUGAGGGGCGGGAGGGAGCCCAGGAAAUCCGAGGAAUCUCACGGGGUGAAGACUUCCCAGACAGCAAAGGAGAAUGUGAGUGAUGUGAAGCAGCAGCAUUGAGAGAGAGAGAGAGAGAGAGAGAGGGAAAAAAAAACAACGAACAAAAAAAAAAACUAUGGGCUCCGGUGGGAAAAAAAUACAAUGAAGUACAGACGUGUGCUAUGUGUCAACGCUGGAUUGGGGAGGGGGAUCUGCGACAUAACAGGUUUGGGAACCCAUGCCACCGUAUCCAGCGCCGUCCGCCCCCAGCAUUAACCCUGCUAUUUCGAGAAACUUCCAGCCCACUUUUCCACGUCACUUCAAGGAAUCUUUAAAGCGUCCGUCGCCUGUAUAAAAUGUUUCAGUACUCGACAGCCAGCAGCAACAUGAACGGCGUGAAGACGCAGUCGCCGAUACUGACCAUGGCCAACAAUGACAACGACCCUCUCCCCCUCGGAUGGGAAGUCAAAAUUGACCCUCAGACCGGAUGGCCCUUCUUUGUGGAUCACAAUAACCGCACGACAACCUGGAAUGACCCGAGACACGACACGAAAAAGGUCAGAGAAGUGUCAGCAAAUGGGCCCAACAUACCACCAGAGCCAAGCCCUCAGGAGACGCAAAAGACCUUUGUGAGGGAGAUGAAGCACCCCAUUCUUCGUCCAGGUUAUGUUCCCAUCCCUGUCUUUCACGAGGGCGCGGAACUGAGGCAGCAACAGCAUCCAUGUUAUUCUUACAUCCAGCCAAGCACAGCACAAAAUAUCCGGACAGACGGGCGCACACCUUCCCCCACGACAGGGCUCCACUGCAGGCCUAGAUCACCCUUACACGGCCCUUCAGACAGCUGCUCCACUGAGCCUGGAAAGGCCAGCUCGCCUGUUACACAGACAGCAGAGGUUUACACUGUCCCGCAUCAUCAACCACCACGGCCCAGCAGUACUAGUCUUCAAGCAGGUUACAUCCCCAUCCCGGUGAUCCAUGAGGGUGGAGGAGGCCAAACACAGACACAGGCUCAGUUAAAUCCCUCUGUCUACUCUCAGCGCGUCCCCUACUCAGAGCACCAGCAGCCUUUCCAUCGCAUUCAGACAGAGGAAUGGCCGGGCUACUCUGCUGCAAUUCAGACUCCUCGGGAAAGGGCUUCUCCGAUACUGCUUCCCCAGCAUCGUGAAUCUAUUCACCUCCCACCUCAUAUUAGAAGCCAGUCGCCUAUUGUAACGCAGGUGCUGGGAGAGAGGCCCCAGGCUCAGCAGCAUAUCCUUACAAGAGAGCUGCCCCAGAAAAUUGAGCAGGAACAACAGAGCACUCAGCAGAAACCAGAGACGACUCAACUCUCCCAGUCAUUGCACACAGAAGCUGAUGUCCCAAAGCCUCAACAACCUCAACAGUUCCAACAGACUCCACCUCAGCAACCUCAACAGUAUCAGCAACCUCAACAGUAUCAGCAACCCCAACAGUAUCAGCAACCCCAACAGUAUCAGCAACCUCAACAGUAUCAGCAACCCCAACAGUAUCAGCAGUCACAACAGUUUCAGCAACCCCAACAAUAUCAGCAGCCACAACAGUAUCAGCAACCCCAACAGUUCCAGCAGGCAUCAACUCCAACAUCUCCACAGCCUCAGCACCCUGAACAGUUAAUGCAGUCGCAGCAACAGUUCCCGCAGCCCCAGAAACCAGAGCAACCACAACAGCACACUGCAGACAUCACAGUUCAAAUACCUCCAAGACCAGAGGCCCAGGACAUGCCAGCCGCUCCCCCAGAGGUCCCGCCUGUAAAGGUAGAGGCUGAACAGGCUGCUCAGUGUCCGAUCCACCCAGGCUUGGCUAAGGUACAGCAGAUAGUCGGGCGGGUUGCUAAACUGGAGCAGGAGGUGAAAUGUUUCGAUGGGAAGAAGAAUGAUAAGAAAUAUUUGUUACUGGAGGAGCUGCUGACCAAAGAGCUUUUAGCACUGGACUCAGUCGACCCAGAGGGUCGUGUAGAUGUGCGGCAGGCGAGACGGGAUGGAGUCCGUCGCGUUCAGACCAUACUGGAAGAUCUGGAGCAACUGGAGGAGCAGCCAGCCAGGCCCGCCAGCGAGACCACAAUGGAGGGAGACAACUUGACACAGAAAGGAGAGCCCAGCAUGAUCACCAAGGAGAAUGUUGAGCUUGCAAAGGAGAUAUCAUAAUGACCGCACACUUCAUCAUGAAGAUGAGAGAAGGAUAAGCUGCUGUAUAUUUGAUAGUGAACAAGUCUGCUCCGGCUCACUCUCCUCGUCCUCUAUCUACAGCAUUUGUGGAAGCUGCAUGCAUUGAUUAACAGUGUUGGUAUUUCCUGCCAUUCAGCACAUUGAUGAUAGCUCAGUGCAAUCAUGUUUUUCAAGCCGCUGUUGUUGCCUUCUAUGUUGUGCCGAUGUCUCCAUAAUACGACAGCUGUCAUGAUCGAGGUGUUGACAACAAUUUCUAGUUAAUGAAAGUUUGAAUAAGAGGCCUUUAUCAACAAAUGGAAGAAAAGAAUAAGUAUUUUCUUAAGAAAUGUUACGUGUAGUUGCCUUUUGUCUUGAUCAAAUGUUAUAUGAAGCUUUUCUUAAUCCAGCCAGCACAUCCGUUAGUACAAGAGUGCAAACAUUGGGGCUUUAAAGCUGAACUCAGUCAACAGAAAAAGCAUUUUCCCCUUUAUAGCCACAUGGCCAUGCUGGAGCUGCUUUGUCACAGAACACAGUGAAUAUCUUUAUUAGAUGCUGCUUUUUGGUGCAUUACUGAUUUUGCCGUCUUUGCACUUUGCCAUCAUUGAAAUGUAUCAUGCUGAAGGAUCAGCGGCACUUCAUUUGAAAUAUAUAAGUUACACGAGUUUUGAUUGAUGUGUUUUGAGUGUUUGUAUGUGCAUUGGUUUACUUGUUAUUUCAAAGAAUUAUAUCAGUAUUUAUAUAAUUAUAUAGUAUUUUGGUACAUUUAUGAAUGUGUAAUGACAAACAGAGGUGAGACGUUUGUCUUUCUUCGAGAUGUGAGACAAUCAGCACUUGGUGCUAUUAAGGAAUCACAGAUUAAGAUUGUAAUAACUUUCUUGUAUGACUACCACGGCCACAAUCUGUAAUAACACAAAAACAGACUAAAAGCCUAAAAAAUGCAAACUGUGUAAAGACUAUCAAAUAAACAGGUGAAAUUUAAAGGGAAUGUCCAUCUUUGAAAUGGCUCACAACAUAUUUAUAAGAGUACCCUAAUUGUUUGUGUAGUAAUUUGUCACUAUAACACAAUCAUCAGCUAUCUGUAAGGUAGGGUCACUGUCUAACACCUUUUCAAAUUAUGGAUUGUGGCUUAAUGUUGAUCACAGUUUAUGAGUAGCAGGUUGACGCAUUGUUGAAAGCAAGUCACGUUGGUACGGUUGAAAAUAAAAUGUAUUUGACACUAAUUUUGACUAAUAUGUUGGUUUCCAGUUAUUUUGCGAAGAUGUUUGAGACUGAUGUUUUUAUAUGAAGAACCAUGUUUGUAACUCUGACUACUCUCUCUUCUUUACCUUCUCUUUGUAGAGCAUUAGGUUUAAUAACAUUGCCAUCUACAAUAAAUGAAUAAACGAGA